CAACUCUGUAAACUUUACUAAAUUCUGCCGCGAUUUUCUCUGUUAUUUUUGUUUUUUUUUUUCGCAACACACAACAAAUUAUCGUGUUUAUUUUUUGUUAGUAAUAAAAUUAUAAUGGAAGAAAAAAAAUAUUUGAAACGGAAAGAGAAGGCUUUUGUUGAGGGAAACCGGGAUCAAUUGGCCAUUGCUUGUAACAAUUUGGGUGAUUUCUACAACCAACAAGGACGUUAUAAAAAUGCUGUCAAAGAAUACCAGGAAGAGGCAAACAUUUAUUCCAGAAUGGGUAAGAAACUUGAAAUGGCCAAGGCCCAUCGAAUGGUGGGUGAAAUGUACAUGUUGCUGUGUGAUUAUGACAAGGGCAAGGAACACAUUAAUGAUUAUUUAAGAAUUGCCAAGAAACUACAAAAUAAAGUGGAGGAACAGCGGGCAUAUGCUACUUUGGGCAGGGCCCAUCUUUUGCAUGGGCAAGGUCUGGCUGAUACUUCAGCCUCAGGUGCCAUGACCCAAUUAAAACAAGCUGAAAAAGCAUUUCUCAAAAGUCUUUUGCUGACAAAAGAAUUAACAGGUCAAAUUACAAAAUUAGAGCAGCUUGACAUGCAGGCGCGUUGUUAUCUUAAUAUUGGUGUUGUUAAAGAGCACAUGGAAGAGUUUGAUGAAGCUGUAGUUUACAUGGAAAAAUCAAUAAAAAUAAGUAAAACCCACGAUAUAUUUGAACUGACUCAUAUGUGUUAUGUUUCUAUGAGUUUAAUGUACCAUAGUAAAAGGAACGAUGCUACUUUGGCACUACGUUACUGCAACAUGGCACUGGAUGUGGCGAAACGUUUUAGUCAGAAAGUGAAAAAAAUCUGCGAAACCCUUAUAAUUAAAUCAGAAAUUUUGAUAAAAGUUGGAGACUUUGCCAGUGCUAAACAGAUUUUGACAAAGGCUUACAAGAAAAAUACACCCGAUGAAAAUGAUCGCACAGCAAUUGAAAAGUCUUUAAGAACAGUUGUAAAAAUUUGCCAAAUACUGGACGAGCUUAUUACAACGAGCUCUAUCGAUUAUGCCAAACGUAAAGCUCUAUAUGAAAAACUGGGUGACGGCUGUUGCCACUUGGGCAACUACACGAAAGCAUUAGAGUACUACCGAAAAAUGUUGGAAUGUGCCCAGUUGAAUAAGGAACCACCAAAGUCUAUGAUUCCGAUUUAUGUGAGCUUGUAUCAAACGUACAAGGACAACAAAGAUUACGACCAAGCCCUUGAGUAUCUGUGGAAAGAAUACGAACUAAAUAAAGACGUUCCCAGCGAGGCAUUCUCAACAUUAUGCAGUAUUGCUGAAAUUUGUGAACUACAAAUGCAGUCAUUUUGGACGAUUCAAGAUAUUUAUCAGAAGGCUAAAGAUCAUGCGGCAAAAUCUAACAGUGCUAGAAUGAAAUUAGAAAAGAUCGUAUUUGCGAGAUUAAGAAAACUGCAAAUUAAACAUAAUAUGAAUGUUUUAGCGGAGGAGUUGGCACAGGAAGCAAAUAGUAAAGGCAUCGAUUUGAAUUCUCUCGACGAUGAUAGCGAUACUGAAUCGGAAGGAAUGACAGUGAAUGAAAAUAAUACACCGGAUUUAGGCGAUGAUAUUUGUUUGGACGAUCUUACCGAUUCCGACACAAGUGAUUUGGAUGAAACUGAAAAACCAAGACCACAUCGAGCUACCCGUGGCACACGAUCGUUGACUAUUAAGCGCAACAACAAGGGUGAAACUCAAUUGCAUCAGGCGUGCAUUUCUGGAAACAUCGAGUUAGUGAGACGACUUAUUGACCAGGGUCAUGUUGUAAAUGUUCGCGAUCAUGCUGGCUGGUUGCCGUUACACGAAGCCAGCAACCAUGGAUUUCGUGAUAUUGUUCAAUUAUUAUUAGAUCGAGGAGCUGUUGUUGCCAUUAAUGACAAAGGUGGUACGAGCUGCGAUGGUAUAACGCCGCUUUACGAUGCAUGUUCUAAUGGCUAUCUGGAUGUGGUCGAGCUCCUGUUAGAACGUGGAGCUGAUGCUACAGUCAAGACAGAUUUUGGUGAUACCUGCUUAAGCGGUUUGGAUAAGUGGCGCAGAUCCGCGACAUUGACUGAAGGGGAACAAGUUGAAUAUGAACAAAUAAGGGCACGACUAAUCAAAACACUAUCUAAAGUGGGAAUAUGUCAGUCCCAAAGUGUUACACCUUUGACAAAUGCUAAUACGGAAUCCAAACAAAAACCUCAGGAACAUACUAAAGAAAACCACACGAGAAUAGACGAAAUGGACAGUGAAAGGGAGGAAGUGGACGAAGUUGAAAACUUACGACCAUCAACUUCACGCUUUAAUCGUUCGAAGGAAAAAGCUAAAACACGUUCUCCAGCAAAUGCCAGUGUCGAGUAUAAAAAUGCUAUCGAGCAAUUGAAACAUCCUCAUCAUCGUAAUACCAUAACGGAAAGUGAUGAUGAUUCUUAUACCACCAGCGAAAGUGGAAAAAACAAGCGUUCAGCAUAUCUGGAUGCAGAAGAAAUUGAUGAAGAAUCUUGGCUUAUCGACGAUUUGGGACCAGAAAGAAAAAAACGACGAUACCAAACAACACCAACAAAAAAUCCACGACCGCUGUCUUCCGUUUCCAAGUCACAUUACAAAUCACCGUCUAUAGAUCAUACUCACCAUUCUUUAGAUUCAGGAAAUUCCACAUGGCUCAGGGAUUCAUUGACACCAGAAAAUGAUGCCUAUCAAGAACUAUUCGAUGCAGCGGCUGGCACAACAUCACAACAACGAAAGAAACAAGCUAAAAAACUAACACUGUCGCGAUCAUCAAGCAUUAGUAGCAAUGCGAGUAUUGCAACAAGUUCACAACGACAAAAGCCCAAACAUCAGUCGUCUCUUUUGGAAAGUGGAUUUUGUCGUUUUCGAAGUGAAAGUCCACAAAUUACUAGUGAUGAUUCCAAUGAUGUGCUCACCACUGUCAAUAUGCGUACAACAGAACCAGACUCAACCACAACAUCGAUACAACUUUUAAUUUCGCCAGCUAAAUCGUCACCGAUUAAAGUCCAGACCACUACUCCGUUUACAAUAGCAACAACUGUUUCGUUUAAGGUGAAAGUUGAAGACGAACUACUGUUGGUGCCCAUAGAUAGGAAGAAACUUUGUGACAUAAAUAUACGUUGGCUGGCAGAAGAAGCAUCCAGGAGAUAUUACAACUUGGUUGGCUUAAAACCUAUGUUACGUUUAAAAACCGCUGAUGGCUUUGCUUAUGAAGAAAACGAUCCUGUUAAUGUGGCUUUAGAACAAAACAUGAUUUUAGCCACAGUAUUGGAAUGGCAAAUCUCACCGUUGGGUCAACGUUAUGAAGAAAUGUGUACUCAAUUACAUAAAGUUGUUAACAAUGAAGUACACGAUGUUUUCUAUCGAGCCCAAAUUUCCAAUUCAAUAUAUUUAGCUGAUCUGUGGUUGACGCCUUUGGAAACCGAACCGGUUUUCAAAGCAAUUUUACAUCAAAAUAAUUUAAGGAUUUUAGAUCUAAGUAAUAAUUUUAUACAAAACGAAGGCUGUCGGCAAUUGGCCAAAUCGCUGCCGACGCUAAAGCAAUUGAAAACAUUAAAUUUGAAGGGGAAUUUUAUAACAACAGAUGGCUUGGAGUCUUUGCUCUUUUGUCCGGGCAUUGAGACACUUACCGACAUGGAGGAAUUAGUAUUAAGUCAAAAUCCUUUGGGUAACACAUCUCUACGUAUUUUGGAUAGUUUUUGUAAUGGUCCAUCGGGGAAAUCUCUACAAAAAUUACACAUAUCUCAGUGUAAUUUAACACAACUACAUGACUACGAUUUAGCUUUCUAUCAGCUGCUAGACUUCGAUAUAAGUUUCAAUCAAUUACCUGAUGAAUCCAUUCGUAAGCUAUUGUCAAAGUUAAAUUCUUGUCGUUUGCAAAAUUUGAAUUUGAGUUGCAUUAAAAUUGAUCCACCAGACGAUUAUCAACUAAAUUCUUUUUUGGGAGACAAAUUAGCGGAAUUCUUUGAAAGCGGCACAUGUGAGAAAUUCAAAAGUAUUGAACUAGUCGGUUGUCAUAUGAGUGAUGUGAAUAUUUAUAAAAUUGUCCAAUGUCUUAAUAGAGCCAAUGAAUUAGAACAUUUCAACAUAUCGAACAACGUCCGUUUGUCUAGUUCCUCUUUACAUUUCAUUCUUGAUAAACUGCCACAAUUGCGUAAACUUGUUGCCAUAAACUGCUCAAAUCUAUUCGAUGAUGACAAAGUUGAACAUCUGACGAAUCUGAAACAGAUUCCCAAUUGUAUAGCAAUAACUUUAACAAGCUGUGAUUUAUCAAGAUUAUCGUUAAAACUAUGUCAAUUAUGGCAAGUACACUGGGGUGAUAGAGGUAAGAUUAAGUCGUAUGAUAAUAAUUUUGUUUUGUAUACAAAUGAUAAAGAUUUAAGUGAUAUUUAAUAAAAUAAAUGGAGUAAUUAUACAUAUAAA